AUGCAAGUAGAAGCAAAGCGCAACAAGGGCCGCCCCCGCCGCCUUCCAUGCCGGGCGGCGAGGGGAGGAGGGGGGCACGGGCGAGGCGGCGGAGGGCGGGUGGAGGAGGCGAGGCGGGAGGGCGGAGGGCAGGGCGGCCGGGGCCCUCCCUCUCCUCCUUCCCUCCCUCCGCUCGGCCCCCUCAGUCGCCUCCGAGGCGCUCCGAGCGGCCGCCGCCUCGGGCUGAAGGCCCGGGCUCCGCCAGCGGACGCGGCUCCCGCUCGGACUCCGGCUCAGCGCUCCCCUCCGCCGCCGCCGCAGCGCUACGUGGCCGCCCGCAGCCAGUCUCGCGACUCCGCCGCGCGCACGCGCGGGCACGCGCCGAGGAGGGCCUGUGUGAUCUGUGAGGGAGUGAUGCGACAAGACAUGGAUUUCACUGAUAGAACUCGCAGCUUGGGGCAGGAUUCAGGAUCCUCUCAAGCAAUGGGAAAGGAAGCAAAAGGGAAACAAAGGGCUUUUCCUGCCAGCUCUUGUCACAGGAAGCCUUAUGCUUGGAAGGAACCACCCCCUUGAGUGUUGGGCUUUGAGACUGUAUCAGCACAGAAAAGAUCAGACAGAGGGAAUUCCUGUUCGCACUCCCCCUUCUCUUUUGCUAUCUUCGUGUAAGGCCACAAUUAAAGAUUAUCUGCUUCCAAAUAGCGUGGAGUUAACACCCACCAGCAUCUCUCUUCAUACCUUUGGUUAGACCUUGAGAGCAGCAGGAUGCAGGCAGAGUGGCCAUACAGAGAUUGAGUAAACUCCUGACUCCACACAGGACUACCUGAAAAUUAAACCAUAUGUCUAA